AUGCAAAGCUUUGCAAGAAGUUUAAGCUCCUCAAAAUUUUAUUCUAGAGGCAAGAUUUACGCACCAUUAUCCAACAAUAAAGAGUUGAAAAAACUCAUAGACUAUAGAUCUUGGAACGUGAGCGAGGCUAUUCCUGAUCCAAACACCAUUGAGGAAGAAAUCACACCUGAACUUGUACAAAAGCUACUAAAACAGUCAGGCAUAAGUCAUAACCUUUCACAACAGGCAUUCAAGAAACUCGAGGACUCCUUAAGAACACAGGUCGGCUUCAUUGAUGAACUUUAUGAGCCUGGAAUGAGCCAUGGAGAAAGAUGUGCUAAUAACAGCAGCCUGUUCAGACUUUUGGCAUCUGAUCAUCAGCCGACUGAGCCCCUUACGCUCAAAGAUUUGUUAGCAGAGGUAGAGCAAGUGAAGAAGCAGGUAGAUCCAGAGAAGGGGGAGCAGGGAUUUAACCACGAGGUGUUUCGCAAUACGAUCAAGUUUGGUAUUUAA